CGACAAUUCCGAAGCAGAAGCGGAUGAUUAAAACGCACCUAUCAAAAAUAUUGCGCCAAGAUAUAGGCAACAAGUAAUAAGGGUUCAAAAUGGCGGAGUUUUCUAUCUCCUUUUAAAAGGCACUCAGAAAGCUGUGCAGUGCGACCAUUCUCCGUAUAGUAAAAGAAAAUCAAAGUAUGUGGAGAAAUCUCUAGAAAUCUAGGGAUUUUUAAAACGAAAUCUAGGGACGACAGAAAAUUUCAUCUGGCAACGCUGCCCCUGGGUCAACUUGUCAAUGUCAACGGUCAGUGGACGGUGAACUGUAAAUAAAAAUAAAUUCAUAUUCAUAAUAGAAAUGAAAGAUUAGAAAUAUUAAAUACUUACGGUAUUUACCAAAAUAAUUAAAGAUAACUUUGAUUUUAAAAUAUAGUUGUUGUUUCUUAAAAUAUGUCUGUCGUUUCAAAAGUACGAGGAUUUUUUUCUAGACACAGAAACAAGUUCCUUGUAAGUGGUGUAAUAAUUUCUGGAGCAAUUUUAUUAUCAAAAUAUGCCCAAUAUAGGCUUAAGGAAUGGCAAGAAAGAGAAACUGUAGAAUUUUUCGAUAGAAAUCGUAAACAAAAUCACUUUGAUAGCAUAAUCAAGACUAGCAAUCAAACAUUUUCCAAUUUUUCAUUGGCACUGCAAGAUUUAAUUUCUGAAAUAAUAAAUACUGAUGAAAUUAUUGACAAAUUAAAAGCAAAUCCCGAAAACAAAGUAGAAUUAUGGAACAAUUUGAAGCUAUUAGUUUUUACGAAAGUUGGAUUAUUAGUUUAUUCUUCAGCCAUGUUAGCUAUUAUUGUUAAAAUACAGUUAAUGAUAAUUGGUGGUUAUUUAUAUAAAGAUCCAAAUAGUGUGCCUACGGAGAUACAAGAGAAGUAUUUAUCUCUAUGUCAAAACUUUCUUAAUAGUGGAGUAAAAAAGUUGGCUGAAAUUAUGGAAACUGAGGUUUCAAAAUAUGUUAGUAUCCUAGAUUUGACAAAACAACUAAAAUUGGGUGAUAUAGAGAAUAUAUACUGGUCUGUACAAGUAGGGCUCUCUUCAAAUACUGAAGGUCCGAUUGAACAAUUCAGGAAAUAUAUACUAACAGAUGAUAUUAUAUCUGACUCUAGUGAUGUAUACAACAGUAUAAUAAGCGAUACAGCAGAUUUUCUAGAUAGCGAUGAAGUUAAAUCAUUGUCAACACACUGUGUCAACCAAGGAUUCAUUUUACUUGGAGACCAACUUGCAGAAUUUUACUCAAAAGGUGACACACCUUCAACAAGUGACAAAGAUGAAUCAUUCAAUAACCCAUUUGAAUUAAGAAAGCCUCUAGCUAAACUGAUACCUUUAAUAAAUGGUAUAUUAGGAAAACAGUCAUUUCCACAACUGUUAGUUCAGCAGCUAAUGACCAAUAAAAAACUACAAGUUUUUAGUGCAAAUGUUUAUGAAAGUUUAUUAUAGUGCUAAGAAAUAAAGUUUUCUGGUUUGGUAAAAA